AUGCCUUCCGGUUCUAGUGACGAUGUUGUACAAUCUAUCUUACUUGGAAGGCCAAUAAUAAUUCAUCGGAUUCUUGGAGGUGGAAAAGUUGCGGAUGUGUUACUGUGGAGGAACACUAGUGUAUCCGCUGCGCUUUUGAUUGGGAUGACGGUGAUAUGGUUUAUUUUCGGGGUAGUCGAGUACAACUGGGUGAUCCUCCUCUACCACCUCUCCAUUACCACACUGCUCAUAAUCAUCACAUUACAAUUAGUCAAAUUUUUUUUGGAGAUUGUCUUCGCAUCGGCGAUUAUUCCAUCCUUUCGAAGUAACGUACGUGUUGAUCAUGAUCUUACAUUCGAAGAGUUUUCUUCUGAUAUCCGUAAAAUAUUCAACUACCUUGACAGUGCAUUUGGAAGAGACCUACCAUUCUUCUUGUUGGCAAUUAUUUUUCUCUAUAUGUUGCCUGUGAUUGGAACCUAUCUCAGCUCUCUGAAUCUUCUGUACUUGGGGUUCAUCUACUUGGGAAUACUACUGCCACUUCUGUUUGAGCGAUUUGAGGAUGACGUUACUCGCCUUGGUAUCAAAAUUGCCCGAGAGUCGUUUGCCUUGCACUCAUGUUGA